CACACACACACACACACACACACACACACACAUAGCUCUGUUAACAACAACAAGAGCCUUGGAGGAGUCCGGAGCUGUCAGAAGAUAGCACCAUGGCUGCUAACGCUAACAUGUGCUGCAGUCUGUUUGUCAGACACGGGAAUGUGACACAUUACAGAAAAGUCCUGUCACAGUGCUUUAAUGUAAACAUUCACAGACUGUACUCUGGCGCUACGCACAAGGAAAAUGAACUUGCACUUGGAGACUCGACUUCAGCUGCUCCAAACUUCGCUUCUUCUCCGAAAAGCAGGUUAACUAAGGAGAGGCUCAGAGACCACAGCUUACCCUUUUCAGCAUUCUUGACUGACAGCUUCGGCCGGAGACACAACUACCUGCGCAUCUCCCUGACUGAGAAAUGCAACCUGCGCUGUCAGUACUGCAUGCCAGAGGAGGGGGUGAAGCUGACACCACGGAGCCAGCUGCUGUCCACCGCAGAGGUACUGACCCUGGCCCGCCUCUUCGUCCAGGAAGGGGUGGACAAAAUCCGCCUGACUGGAGGAGAGCCCCUCAUCAGACCCGAUGUGCUGGAUAUCAUUGCAGAGUUGAGGAAGUUGGAGGGUCUGAAAACCAUCGCGGUAACGACCAACGGCAUGAACCUGGCCAGAACUCUGCCUAAGCUGAAAGAUGCCGGCCUCGAUCUGAUUAACAUCAGCCUGGAUUCACUGGUCCCUGCCAAGUUUGAGUUCAUUGUCAGGCGGAAAGGGUUCCACAAGGUCAUGGAGGGCAUUGAUAAGGCCAUCGAAAUGGGCUACAACCCUGUCAAGGUCAACUGUGUGGUCAUGCGAGGCCUCAAUGAAGAUGAGCUGUUGGAUUUUGUGGCGCUGACAGAGAAGAAGCCUCUGGAGGUGCGCUUCAUUGAGUACAUGCCCUUCGAUGGCAACAAGUGGAACUUCAAGAAGAUGGUGAGCUACCAGGAGAUGCUGGACGGCAUCAGGCAGCAGUGGCCCCGCCUAGAAAAGGUUCAGACUGGACACACAGACACAGCCAAGAUGUUCAAAGUGCCAGGCUUUGAAGGUCAGGUGGGCUUCAUCACCUCCAUGUCUGAACAUUUCUGCGGCUCCUGCAACCGCUUACGCAUCACUGCGGACGGCAACCUCAAGGUGUGUUUGUUCGGGAACUCUGAGGUGUCUCUCAGGGACAUCUUGCGCUCUGGGGCGUCAGAAGAAGAGCUACUGCAAAUCAUUGGGGCAGCUGUGGGCAGGAAGAAGAAACAACAUGCAGGCAUGUUCAACAUCUCCCAAAUGAAGAACAGACCUAUGAUCCUCAUUGGAACCACAUGCCAAAGGCCUUUGUCCUCUCAUCAGAAGUCACAAGAUAGUCAGAAGGCUUUCCCUAUUGUUUCCCAGCUUACAAACGACGCAUUUCUCUCUCCGACAACAGCUCCUCUGAUGUGCCAUUCAGGCAACAGGAGAGUCCUAAACAGAGAGGGUGUUUUGUGCCUUCCAGACUGCACUGCUUCAACACAGGUGGCCCCCGUUUGCUGCUCUAGAACCUUAAUGAACAGGGUUAGCCAUCUUCAGCCACAUAUCAAGAAAGAAAAACCUAAUGAGACGGUUAACCUCCACAAUGUAGCCUCCCGUCACUCUUCUGAGUUUGGUAGUAGUCUAACUUUCCCCAGUUGUCGCUCUAAGACUGUCCGUUAUAUGACACGCUCAAAUGUCAUAAGCUACUUUAAAGAAGAUUGUCUCAGGUACGCACAAACCAGGGGUCCAAAUGCUCUGAAGAGCCACUUACUGCGGACCCCAGGAACACUCAACUUUUGCACACUACUAAUGAAUGCCAAAAUGAAUCUUAAACAUCACAGUGUUAGACAUUGUCACAAAAAAACUUCCAGCGAUGACCCGAGUGUCAAUCUCAGACAAUCUGCUAGAGCUCAGACCAAGUCAGGUUCAAGUGCCGGCAUCCUUCGCCCAGAUGACACCUCCGAAGCCCAGCUGACGCACACGGACGCCCAAGGCCGAGCCACCAUGGUAGACGUCGGCGGGAAACUUCCCACGCGCCGAGCAGCCAAAGCCCGCGCCACCGUCAUCCUGGGCCCCACCGCCUUCCGGUUGCUUCGGGAUAACCAGCUGGCGAAGGGCGACGCGUUGGCCGUGGCGCAGUUGGCCGGAAUCAUGGCUUCCAAGCAGACCUCAGCCCUAAUCCCGCUCUGCCACCCACUCCCUUUAGACCACUCCUCCGUCACCUUUGACCUGGACGAGCUGCAGAACGCAGCAGUGGUCACAGCGACGUGUCACACCACAGGCAGGACAGGGGUUGAGAUGGAGGCUUUGACAGCCGUUUCUGUAGCAGCGCUGACUCUCUAUGACAUGUGCAAGGCUGUAAGCCACGACAUCAUCAUUACAGACAUAAAGCUGGUAAGUAAGACCGGCGGGAAGAAGGACUUUCAUCGUCAACCCUGACCACCUCACCGCACCAGUGAAUCCAACCCUGGAAAACUGAAAAUGAAUGAACUGUAAAUAACGUGCAGACUACGCCAAGUUUCAACAGAAUUGUCAUAUUUUUCUACAAAAAAUAAAUACAUUACGCCAUCAUGACAUCUUACCAUAGUUUAAUUACUUGAUCUGUCACAUAUCAAUAUGAAACACUGGAUAUUUGUAUGAAUACCACAGUGCAGGUGAGAAUGUCAGUAAUAUCCACUGUUUGUAUAAGAUGCUACCUGUUUUGUAGUGGCUAAUACACGACUCAAGUCUUAAGUGUUUUUUUUUUCUUCUCCCUGCCCCCCCCUCCCCUCCAAUGAACUUCAUUGUGUCAAAUUCUUGCUUUGUUGUUACCUCAAAAUGUGUCAUUGUAUGAAAAUAUGUAUCUCCUAAUAUGAUUGAACCGGCUGGUGAAACGACAUCUGAUGCAGCCUCCUUGUACUGUAUUUCACAUUCAUGUAGUCAGUAUUAUCAUCUCUGUUCUGCACUGUACACCAGUAUUUCUCAUCUGUAUCACUAUAUUUGUAUUGUGUCAUACCGAAUGGUUCAUUAUAUUCACUCUUCAUACCUACCCGUAAAUCAGCUGAGAUGAACAGCUGUCCUGAGGAUAAGCAUGGAGAUAAUUUGCACCCAGUAAAAUUCACUAUGCUGCAAUGUCCAAUAAUUAAGACAAUUAAAACAUUGCACAAUA